UCCAGAUUUUACAACGUGAUAGUAAAUAUUCUACUUCCUAUCCUAUCAACGUACAUUGAUGCUAACCAUCUUGUGUAGGUCCUCUGGACCUAUACAUUAAAGUUGGUCGCAGGCUCCCUAGAGCACUGCCCAAUGGCACAGUCAUAUAUGGACCAGUCCGUUCCGAUAAGCAAGAGUACAGUGCGAAUGAAAUCUGGACCAUAUCCCUUGGCCGUAAUCACGUCUUCAAACCUCGACCAUACAUUCUGGCGGCGAGCACGACGUUGAAUUGGAAGAUGGAAACAAUCGAACCAUCCCAGCAGGGUAUUUAUAGGUACUAUGCAAUUCAAAAGGAAGGCAUCGUAGGGAAGCUUGAUAGUCUCAAUGAGAUAAUAGAGGAUUUAAAGAAGCUGAAUAUAGUGGCAUGGGGUGAUGUCAAAUGGGAGGGGAUGUAUACCGAGAUGAAGGCGCUUCUGAGGAUGCCAUUAGCCGGAUGAAACCAUCUUAUU